GCGACGCCACUCUCGGCCAACUCACCCCGGUCGGUGGGCGGAUAGCUUCUGGGAAUAAGCUUCGUCCAAUAGAUGAUGCUCUCGACACUGCAAGAUCUCCAAUUGGCACAUCUACGGUGCCAUUCCCAAGCGUUAGGCUCGUAGGGCCAAGCAAAUAGAGCGUGGACGAUUGGUGUUAGUGCGUCUUUUUCUCGCCAUCCCAGAACCAGGGACGUCUCUGCAGCGAGAGGGUUCGUCUCGAACAGGGGCUUGUUGCUGUUGAUUGCCCAGGGUCGCAAUGAGCUUAAUCCUUAACGGCCAGUUAUACGUGGGCUAAGGAAGCUCACCCAUCGGAAACCAGUUACCAUUUUAGCCUUCCGAAGGAUUCUCUCUAUGAAAUCUAGCCAUGGAUGAUCAUCGCCUAUCCCGUUCUCAAUUCCCGCUCUAGUGAGAGCUUCCCAUGCAGCCAGAGUUGCAAUGAGCUACGAUCUUGGCCUGGCAGGGCAAGGUACUUAAUGGGUGCUCUCCCCCCUUCAAUGCGACCUUGUGGUGCCCUCAUAGAUUGAGCAAUCGUCAAGCUUACUUCUCUCUUUCUUCCCUCGAUCCAUUGAGCUGAUUUGAGCACUUCUUCCCUUUGGAACGAUUCUGAUACCUUUCGUUCCAAUGGCGACUCAUACCAUGAAGGAGCCUGAGCCCGUCAAUGAGGUGUCUGUACCAGACAUCGAGAAGGCUCCCGCCAACAACAACAUGAUGGUCGAUGAGGAUCUCAAGGACUUCCCCGACGAUGAGUUCAAGCAGCAGGGUGUCAAGAAAGCCGAGGCCAUCACCAGCGUCUGGACCAAGAAAAUGCUGAUUGCCACCUUUGUCUUUUUGUUUCUCGUCUCCUUCGUCGAUAGUCUGCUCCAGAAUGUGCAGAGUAACCUCAUUCCUUACGUCACCUCGGCCUUCGCUUCACACGGUCUUCUCGCCUCAACUGGUAUCGUAGCCUCGAUUCUGGGUGCCGUCUGGAACUUGACUCUUGCCAAGAUCAUUGACAUCUGGGGUCGGGUCUGGGGCUUCGGCGCCAUGGUUCUCCUGAUUGUUGUCGGUAUGAUCAUGAAGGCUACAUGCAACAGCGUCGAGAUGUAUGCUGCUGCGCAUACAUUCUACUGGGUUGGCCAUCUCGGUCUCAUCUAUGUCAUUGACGUUGUCGUCGCUGACACCACUACUCUCCGUAACCGACUGAUCAUCAUGGGUAUCAACUACACGCCUACCAUCAGCUCCACUUUCGCCGGUCCCAAGAUUGCUGAGCUCUUCUUGAAGAACGUCAACUUCCGAUGGGCAUUUGGUUCGUUCUGUAUCAUCCUGUUGGCAUUCUGCAUUCCCGUCAUGGUUAUCUUCAUCAUGAAUGAGAUGAAGGCCAAGAAGUUUGGCCUUGCUCCUGAGAAGGUACACAACCGCACCAUUUGGGAGUCCUUCAAAUAUUACUUUGUGCAGUUCGAUGUUAUUGGUCUUUUCCUGACCAGUGCCGGCUGGGCUCUACUCCUACUCCCUUUCAGCAUCGCUGCUACUGCUCCCAACGGAUGGGCCACUGGUUAUAUCAUUGCCAUGCCAGUCCUUGGUGUCGUUCUUAUUGCCAGCUUCGUCGCCUGGGAGAAGUUCUUCGCCCCUGUGCCGUACUUCCCCUUCCAUCUGCUUGCUGAUCGCACCAUCUUGGGAGCCUGUCUCAUCUAUGGUAUUAUGUUUGCCUCUAUCUUCUGCUGGGAUACCUAUUACGGCUCUUACUUGCAGGUUGUUCACUUUGAAAGUGUCACCACCUCUGGUUAUAUCCUCAACUCGUUCUCUCUGAUGGCUGCUUUCGUUGGACCCUUCGUUGGCAUUGCCAUCCGAUACUUGGGACGAUUCAAGUGGCCUUCUUUCGUCGGUGUACCUUUCUUGGUCCUCGGUACUGCCCUUCUCAUCCACUUCCGUCACCCUGAGACUGCUGUCAACUGGCUCGUUAUGUGUCAGCUUUUCAAUGGUAUCUACAGUGGUAUCUGGUCCUUGACUGCACGUAUCGCAGUCAUGUCUUCCGUCAAGCAUCAGGAUGUCGCCAUCGCUCUGGCCAUCUGGGGUAUGUUUGGUGGUAUCGGAUCCUCCAUCGGUGUGGCCAUUGCUGGAGGCAUCUGGACAAACAUGCUACCCACUGAGCUUGCCAAACAACUCCCCGAGUCUGCCAAGAACAUGACUGCUACUAUCUAUGGCGACAUCAACGUCCAGCUGUCUUACCCUGCUGGUAGCCCUGAGCGAGACGCUAUCAUUGCUGCUUAUGACUAUGUGCAGCAAAAGAUGAUCUACGCUGGUUGCGCGUUCAUCCCUCUCUGCGUUGUCUGCCUCUUCAUGUGGAAGAACAUUGACAUCAAGGAGAAGGAUGCCCAAAGCAAGCAGGCCAAGGGCAUGGUCUUCUGA